AAUCAUUUCACCGCCAUGCACAGACUGAUUGAACUGAGAUAAUGUGAUAUACAUGAUAUACGUAUUGUUCUCUGCAUGCACCAUCACUGUCUGAGCUGUGUAAUUUGGAAAUUUAAUGUGCUAUUCAAGAAUUUAAUUACAUCUAAACACAACUAAAUACACACACACACACACCCGCACACCCUCACACACACGAAUCAGCAAUGGAUGUGUCAGUCAUACUGGGUACGGCUCUAUUAGCAUUCGGAUUUGCGUUCACACUCUUCUGUAACUUCCAGGCUGCUAUUGGACCAGACUCUGAAUAUUCAUUGGGCUGGUUCAACUCGACUGUUGGAGACCUCUCCAAGAAAUAUCCCAGCCCCAUCACCCCUGCCGGUUAUGCUUUCAGUAUCUGGAGUCUCAUCUACCUGUGGAGUGCUGCAUUGAUUCUCUACAUCAUCUCAACCAUCUUCCGGACCAACAUCCUUGGACCAGUUUACUUGAACCCUCCUGUGAUCUCCUUGCCGUUUCUCCUCUCUGUAUUUCUUGGUAACGCUACCAGUGUCGUGUGGUUGUUUGUAUGGGAUCGAGAGCUGUUGACUGUGUCCGCUAUCGUUCUGGUGGCAAAUGCUCUUCCUCUCUAUGUGGCCUUGAUGAUCAUCCUGACUAGGACCUACAACUUCUUGCAAGAAUUUCUUCAAGUAUCAAGGUUUGACCUAUGGGCCUCUAGAGUACUUGUUGGUAACGGAGUGGCCAUCUAUACUGCCUGGGUUACAAUUGCUUCUCAAGUAGGUCUCUCAGUCUGUCUUCUCUACGCUGGAGGACUUCCCAGUGACACUGUUGUGUACAUCUGUUUGGGUAUCUUGUCGGCUGAGCUGAUUGUCUUCUUUGCCUUGGAUGUAUCCAUCCUGUACCCAUACACUCGUCCUGUCUUCAUGAUAUACCCCGUCUUUAUCUGGGCACUCUCUGCGCUCCUGGUCGACAAUGCCGAUGAAACAGACUCUCCACAGUUCAUCGUCGGUGCCAUACUCCUGGGAAUUAGCUGUGUCUUCUUUGUGACCAAGACACUGCUUUCCAUCUUCCGACCAGUCCCUGAGGAAGCAGAAAAUAGUUCUCCAAUCAAGUUUAAACAACUUGUUUAAGAAUGAUAGGUUGGUAUAUGUACCCCCACCCCUCCCUCUCCUGUCACCUUAAGGCUAUUUCAUUAAGAAGGCCAAAGAAAAGGUCUACAAUCACAAAUUUGAACAACUCAUUAGCAUAAACAUACGUCCCCCUUCACCUUUUGGCCAUCCCCUGGAAAGUUGACUCUUCACUAAAAUAACAGUUAUUGGAAAGUGAAAUGGUUUUCCUGAAAUCGCAAAAAAAUAUCACUGCGACGUUUCGUUUUUGCUUUCUUUCAAAUUUCAGCCAUGCAUCUGUUGAGACCAAAUUCGUGACGCCCGGGCAAGCGGUUCUACAUGUAUUACAUUUUUUGUACGUACACAUUAGACCCAAUAUGGCUCAUAACCGCUGUAUGAUCUACCGAAAUAACCCGAUCUAGUUUGGUAGUAAUAGUGACAAGAGUUACACUCUUUUACACCUUGGUUUUAAGAAUCAAAGACAUAUUUUUUCAUUUCAAUUAGCUGAAAAUAAAACAGUACUGUGUGGUAAAGUUUUCGUACCAAAACAUAUGGAAAGAUUUUGCUAAAUAUUUUGUUUACCCUAUACUAUAGUGUUAAUGCAAAGUAUAAUUGUUAAAGAAUAAUAAACCCAACAUAUUUACCUUUUUUCUUAAGCAGUUGGAGUCCAAUGGUAUAUAGUGAUAGUUGACUAGAAUGGCCAGAUAAUAAAUAUGGUGCGAUGAAGAUUUAAAGACCGAAUACUAGAAACGAAAAUUGGCAACAUACAUGCGUAUAUUGCGAAUUCAGUGCACUGGCGUUUUUUUCACAUUCUACCAUUGCAUUGUAAUGUACAUACAUCUAUCAUAAUGUAUAUAUCGGCAUGUCAUUAGCAUAAUGUGGACAUUGCCAAUUUUCAAUAUCUCCAUGCAUGUAGAGAUUUUGUGAUUUCAAAUACUUGCAUGUACAAUUUUAUCAAUUAUUUUCUUUUAUUGUAAAGCUCUCACUAAAUUGAUGUUGAUAAGCAAAGAAGCAGUUUGAGUUUUAUUGUCCUUUAAUUUUGAAUAGCACUUUGGAAAUAUUAUCAUGUUGUAUAAAAUGAAAGAAUGAGCUUAGCAAAGUGUGUAGUAUAUGCAUGAUGAACACUGUCUUGCUGAAUUAUUUCAGUUAAAAAGUGCUUGAAUUUCAUUUUCACCAUGUUAUAUGUGUUAUAAGUGUCAAACAUAAAUGUUUUCUGGACUUCCGUAGGUGGAAGCUGUAUAAUAUAGUAGGGCUAUAUGCGGAUAUUUCUAUAGUCUCAUGCGAUAUAGAUUUAAGAAAUUCAUUGAUUUAUAUUUUUACUUUCACUUUCGAUAUCUGCUUAGCAGGGUAUAUUUAUAACAGCCUUUUAUGUCGUAGUUGUUUUCAUGGAUACACUGCAAAAACUCCGGUGUUGAUUUAACACCAGACCGGAAUCUAUAUAUGUCCACACCAGAGAAGUAUUGAAACAACAUCAGUUUGGAAUCAAAUCGAUGCUGUUUUAAAACUAAUUGGUGUUGUAUAAACACCUAUCUGGUGUUAGACCAAAACCAAACUGGUGUUAACACUUCUCUGGUGUGGACAUAUAUAGAUUCCAGGCUGGUGUUAAAUCAACACCGGAGUUUUUGCAGUGUAUAUGGUGCUUGGCAGAUUGAUUACCUCCAAUUCACUGAGCGCUCAAAACUUAGGCUGAGUAUAUAAUCCAGGGUCGUUUUCUAAUAAACCUUGGGUGUUUCAAUAAUUCUAAAACGUUACGUCCGACGCUACAGCAACUUGAAUAUGACAAGCCCAAAAUAAUUGAUAUUUAUGUACGUUGAGAUAAACAACAAUACUCUUUUUUUAUUCGAAAGAUGUUUUUUGCAAAAAAAAAUUGUAUGAGAUUUCAAGGUUUAAAACGAGGAAAGGCUUCAUAUGCAUCCCAUUUAGCUCUUCAUAGUUAAGUUCGUAAAGUCAUGCGUAAAUUUAUUACUAAAGGGAAAGCUUUGAAACAGCAACACAUUUGAAGAAAAAAAAGUAAGUUAUAUUUUUUUCUUUCACCAAAAUAAACUGUGUUUAUGGCAAUGUGGUAAAUGUAUCAUUUGUCAAACAUUAUGUAUUUCAUAUAUAUUUAUAGUAUAUUCUUUAUUUCUCUUAGAAUAAAAAUAUACUCUUAAUGUGAACUGGAGAAUUAUAUUUUACAUCAAAAUAAAGUUUAAGAUGCUGUAGCAUAAUUCAUCCUCUUAUAUGUUGAUUAUGUCGCCAUUGCUAGCUAAUACACCCUACUUUUGUUUUGAAGUUAAAGGUGCUCCGGGCUGAAGAUAUUUAUAUCUAAAUAAAUAGAGUAAAAUUCACAGAGCAAAAUUCUGUAAAAUUUAUCAAAAUUUGAUAAAAAAUAACGAAGUUAUUGAAUUUUAAAGAUUUGCAUUAUUCUGGUGAAACAGUUCUAGGCAUGACUUCAUGAAUAUUCAUUAGGAUGACUGAUGAUGUCACAUCCCCACUUAUGUUAUUACAUGAAUUCAUAAUGUUUCAUUUUUUCAUAAAUGUGUUAAUGAUGUGUCUCAAUUAUGAUGAAAUAAAUUGCAGCAAGAAAUAACUAAUGCACUUAAUCACUUGUCAAUCCAAUUGUUUAAGUUCUUGGUCGAAAAAUGUUGAAUAAACCCCGGAAUAAACCUAAUUUCAAUUCAAAAGAACAAGUAGGGAUAUGACAUCAUCAGUCCACCUUAUGAAUAUUCACGAAGACAUGCCUCGAACGGUUUCCCCGGAAUAAUGCAAAUCUUUAAAUUUCAUUAACUUCGUUAUUUGUUAUCCAAUUUUGAUAAAAAAUUAUUUUCAUCAUUGUGCUCUGUGAAUUUUACUCUAUUUAUGGGGAUUAAGAAUAUUCAGCCCGGAGCAUCCCUUUAAUGGUAAAAUGACGUGCAACUAAUUAUCGCCUUCUACCUUCAGUACUAAGGGAAGUCUCGCGACACUGACGAACUAUGAUAAUGAUAUAAGGACCCAAUUUGUAUCAUUACAGCUGAAACACAAAAUGUUGUUAAUAUUUACUUCAGUCAUAGUAUCGACAGUGGUAUGAUGUAAAACGAUGUACAUAUUAAUUCAAUUGGAGCACAUUAGUGGAAAUAUAUUAUUAAAGAGUCUAAACUAGAA